AUGAGCUGGCUAAAGAAGGCGCCGGCCCUGGCGUCAUUCUCUUUGGUAAUCCCUACAAGCCCAGCGAAUUUACGCAUACUGGGAUGCUUAGCAUGGCAACGAUUCCACUGUCUCAGAACAACUUCGCGUCCACGGAGCCAUAGACAGGAUCGCUUUCUCGUAGCAAGCUCGGCACCUCACAGGCACAACUUUGCGACGGCAUCUACCUCUUGCGUAGUCGUCGUGCCCUACCAAUCGCUCACCGUUGGCAUUCCGCGCGAAACAUUUCCCAACGAGCGUCGCGUGGCCAUCACGCCGCAAAACGUAGCGCUUCUCUUGAAAAAGGGCUUCUCGAGGGUUCUGAUAGAGACUGGUGCUGGCGUCGAGGCUCAGUUCACUGAUGAAGCUUACAGAAAGGCCGGCGCAAUCAUCGUUGAGGGAGAUGUAGUCUGGUCUCAGAGUGACAUUCUCCUUAAAGUCCGCGCCCCCAGCAUAGAUGAUGCUUCUCAGAAUGAAGUAGAUUUGAUACGCGAAGGUGCAACCGUCAUCUCGUUUCUUUACCCUGCGCAGAACAAACCGGUCGUCGAGGCUCUCGCAAAACGUGGCGUCACGUCUUUUGCUAUGGACAAGAUUCCUCGAAUAUCGCGAGCUCAAGUAUUUGAUGCACUAAGUUCGAUGGCAAAUAUUGCCGGGUAUAAGGCUGUUUUGGAAGCUUCAAACGAGUUUGGCCGUUUUCUUGCUGGUCAAGUGACAGCUGCCGGCAAAGUCCUCGUGAUCGGAGCUGGAGUCGCCGGGUUGAGUGCAAUCGGAGCUGCACGUCGCAACGGCGCAAUUGUUCGCGCUUUCGAUACACGCCCCGCAGCUCGUGAGCAGGUACAAUCCCUGGGUGCAGAGUUCAUUGAAGUCGAUAUAGAGGAAGACGGCUCUGGUCAGGGUGGAUAUGCCAAAGAAAUGUCGAAGGAAUUCAUCGAGGCAGAGAUGAAGCUGUUCAUGGAACAAUGUCGAGAAGUGGAUAUAGUCAUUACAACUGCUCUAAUACCUGGUCGGCCAGCACCGAAACUCAUUACUAAAGAGAUGGUAGAUGCAAUGAAACCGGGAUCGGUGAUUGUCGAUCUUGCUGCCGAAGCUGGAGGCAAUUGUGAAGCUACGGUUCCCGGAAAACUGGCUAUAUAUGACGGAGUGAAGGUCAUUGGAUACACGGACUUGCCUUCACGGUUACCAACUCAAUCAUCUACAUUGUACUCAAACAAUAUCACAAAGUUCCUUCUCUCUUUGGCAGACAAGGAUAAAGGCUUUAAUAUUGAUCUAAACGACGAAGUGACACGCGGCGCGAUCGUAAGCCUCAACGGCGAGAUAUUACCACCACCUCCGCCUCCUACACCUCCUUCAACACCUACUGCUGGCACAGUACAAGCGCCGGUAAAAGAGGUGAAAUCAGUAGAAUUGACGCCAUGGAAAAAGGCAACGCGCGAAGUGGUCACAGUGACUGCGGGUAUGGGAUCAGCUCUCGCUUUAGGGAAGCUGACUGGCCCGGCAUUCAUGGGUAACAUGUUUACUUUUGGAUUAGCUGGACUUGUUGGUUAUCGCGCAGUAUGGGGCGUCGUACCUGCCUUGCACUCUCCUCUGAUGAGCGUGACUAACGCCAUUUCCGGGAUGGUUGGUAUCGGAGGUCUCUUCGUCAUGGGUGGAGGUUAUUUUCCAACUACCAUUCCCGAGGCAUUGGGAGCACUCUCUGUUUUGCUCGCAUUUGUGAAUGUAUCUGGAGGGUUUGUAAUUACUAAACGCAUGCUGGACAUGUUUAAGCGCCCUACUGAUCCUCCGGAAUACCCCUGGUUAUACGCCAUCCCUGGAGUUCUCUUCGGUGGAGGAUACAUUGCUGCUGCUGCCACUGGCAUGGCAGGACUUGUACAGGCUGGAUAUCUCGUUAGUAGCGUACUCUGUAUUAGCUCUAUAUCUGGUCUGGCGUCCCAACUGACUGCACGUCGAGGGAACAUUCUUGGAAUUCUCGGUGUCAGCUCAGGAUUUCUGGCCUCACUACUCGCGGUCGGAUUCUCUCCGGAGACCUUGAUACAAUUUGGCGCGGUUGCUGGUAUUGGAGGUUUGCUAGGCGCCGUAAUUGGCCGCCGAAUCACUCCAACUGGCCUGCCACAGACAGUCGCUGCCUUGCAUUCCGUGGUCGGUUUAGCAGCAGUCCUUACGAGCAUCGGCAGCGUCAUGGCAGAGAUCGGUCAUGUUUCGACACUGCAUAUGGUGACAGCAUAUUUAGGAGUCCUCAUCGGUGGUGUCACAUUUACCGGCUCAAUCGUGGCAUUUUUAAAACUGGCUGGGCGCAUGAAGUCCACCCCCACUAUCCUGCCAGGUAGACAUGUCAUCAAUUCAUCGCUUCUUGGAGCGAAUAUUGCAACGAUGGGGGUAUUUGUCACCAUGGCUCCGGGAGCGCCUGUGAUUGCUGCCACUUGUCUGGGUACAAACACCGCGCUGAGUUUCUUGAAGGGCUAUACGACAACGGCCGCCAUAGGUGGUGCCGAUAUGCCCGUCGUAAUUACCGUCCUGAAUGCAUAUUCUGGCUUCGCGCUGGUUGCCGAGGGAUUCAUGCUGGACAACCCUCUGCUUACGACAGUUGGCUCGCUAAUAGGAGUCAGUGGCUCUAUUCUAUCAUACAUCAUGUGUGUUGCGAUGAAUCGGUCCCUCACGAACGUACUCUUCGGCGGCAUUGCACCAAUAAAAGCGAGUAAAAAGAUUGAGGGUGAGGUUGCGACGACGUCUGUGGACGAGACUGCGGAUGCUCUGGCUAGUGCGGAGAAUGUUAUUAUUGUCGUGGGCUACGGUAUGGCAGUCGCCAAAGCACAAUAUGCCAUCUCAGAGAUCACCAAGAUGCUACGUGCUAAGGGUGUCAAUGUACGAUUUGCAAUACACCCGGUAGCAGGCCGUAUGCCUGGUCAAUGCAAUGUACUCCUUGCGGAAGCCUCCGUUCCUUAUGACAUCGUGCUUGAAAUGGAAGAAAUAAACGACGACUUCAGCGAUACAGAUGUUACUCUCGUCAUCGGUGCAAACGACACAGUGAAUCCGAUCGCCCUCGAGCCAGACUCACCCAUCUCAGGUAUGCCAGUGUUACAAGCAUGGAAGAGCAAAGAGGUCAUUGUCAUGAAACGCGGAAUGUCAAGUGGGUAUGCCGAUGUGCCGAAUCCGAUGUUUUAUAUGCCAAAUACGAAGAUGCUAUUUGGGGAUGCGAAGAGUUCAUGUGAUGCUAUUAAGAAUGUAUUGGAGGGUCGGAAGUGAUUUAGCGUUCUCUUCAAGGAUCAUUUUGUUUAGAUGCUGCACAUAAUGUACAAAUGAUACAUUGAUCUAGGGCUAGCAGAUUAAGUCUCAAGGUAUCAAUCUCAUUACUGUAUGAGUAUCAGUCAGUAAUUUUCAAAGGAGCAAGCAGAUAUUGUAAAUCAAACUUGAUACAUUCAUCCUGUCAAUGACUAAUCAUACAUAACUAAGAUGCAUCACACCCUAGCCUAGGGCUACCCAACUAACAAUUCAUUGCUCUUAAGCAUAAAACCAACAAAAAAAUCCUCAACAAAAAUACAAAAACGCCACUGUUAUAACAUACACGUAACUCCCAAAGAUAGCUAAGCCAAAAGAACCCUGAAAAUAAGCACCGAUCAAGAAAAAAAACCUCUUUUUCCUGACCGUAUACAUGACCGCGUACAUGUCAUGUACUGACCAUAAAUCCAUA